ACAACCGUUUCCUUCAGGAAUUGGACAGUAAAUUCACACCACUAUUAUGGCGUUGCUGUUACUUAGUCCUUUGCUCUUGCUGUUACUUCUCGGUCUGUUUUACGCGUACAUCACUCGCAACAGUCGGUACUUUGAGGGUAAACCCAUCCCUUGUCUACCAUCCGAACCACUAUUCGGUAGCUCUCGCCACCUGCUGUUGAGAAAGGUUUCUUCGUACGACUUUAUGCGCUCCAUCUACAAUCGCUUCGAACGGGUGAAGGUGUUUGGAAUGUUCGACCUCAUCAAUCCCGUGUUUGUGGUGCGCGAUCCGGACCUUAUAAAGCAAAUCGCCGUCAAAGAUUUUGACCAUUUCGUUAACCAUCGGCCUAUCUUCGGAAGCAACUUGGAUCGCGACUCGAUUGCACUGUUUGGAAAGACGCUUUUUGCUCUGUCCGAUCAGCAGUGGCGUGAUAUGAGGGCAACGCUCAGUCCCGCUUUUACCGGUAGCAAGAUGCGUCAGAUGUUCCAGCAGGUGGUCGAAUGUAGCUCAGGAAUGGUUCAAUAUUACAAGAAGCAGACGGACACGAAUGGCCAGUGCUACGAACUCAAGGAAGUGUUCUCUCGCUACACUACAGACGUGAUAGCAUCGUGCGCAUUCGGACUAAAGGUGGAUUCAUUCCGAGAUUCUACCAACAGCUUCUACACCAACGGACAACGUAUGAUCGAUUUUGCACGCUUCAAAGUUUUGCUGAAAGUUCUCGCCUACCGUCUGUUUCCUUGGAUAAUGGAAAAGCUGGAAGUGGACCUGUUCGAUCGGGAGCUAAAUUUGUUCUUCGCCGAAAUUGUUCUCGAGACGGAGAAAACGCGAGAACUGCAAGGUAUUGUACGGCCGGACAUGAUUCACCUUUUAAUGCAAGCCAAAAAAGGAAUACUAAAAAGGCACAAAGAGCAAGAAGAAUCACUCGCCGAAGGAUUUGCCACGGCACAAGAAUCCGACGUGGGCGCUGUGGAUUCGCAGCAUUAUCAAACAAUGACCCAAAUGGAACUCGUAGCCCAAUGUCUCAUCUUCUUUCUGGCCGGGUUUGAUACUGUCGCGAAUUGUCUUACAUUUUUAGCAUACGAACUAACGCUCAACCGUGAUAUUCAGGACCGUCUUUAUGAAGAAAUAGUAGCAACGGAUAUUGAUCUCCAACAAAAGCCCUUAACUUACGAAGCACUUCAGCACAUGAAGUACAUGGACAUGGUGGUGUCGGAGUCACUGCGCAAAUGGAGUCCCGCUCCGUCAACCGAUCGGAUCUGCACCCGGGAUUACGUGGUACAGAAUGAGAACGGUGUGGAGUUCACUAUCGACAAGGGUACGGUAGUGUUUAUCCCGAUCGUUGGCCUUCAUUACGAUCCCCAGUACUAUCCGGAUCCGGAGAAAUUCGACCCGGAACGUUUCAGUGAGUCGAAUCGUGAUAAGAUCCAGCCGGGGACAUACUUGCCUUUCGGGAUCGGACCACGGAACUGUAUAGGGUCACGCUUUGCACUGAUGGAGGUAAAAGCCAUCAUAUACCAGCUGCUGAAGGAGUUUACGUUCGAACGUACUCCACGCACUGAAGUUCCGGUACAACUACAAAAAGGGUUCGUAGCAUUGGGCAGUGAGAAUGGUAUCUACGUAAACUUUAAACCUAGACAUUCUUGAGAGGUUCCUAUCAAUGUUGUACUGAACACAAUAACAAUAUUCUAUGUCUACAAAGAUGUCUACUCAGGAAUCAUAUGAUACACGAGGCCUAUUUUUACUACUUGCAUACAAAUGUAUCGUGGAGCAUUUUAUAAAUAAAG